ACAGCUCUGAGACCUGGCCAAGGUAGAGUCAGUAUCCACCUGAGGCAAACCUGAUGCAAACACAAGGCGGCCGAGAGAAGCGAAGAGGGGAUGUCCAUUGUAUGAGCUCACAGCACAGAACCCUCCUCCUCCUCUAUACACAUGCGACUGGCUGAGGGGAACAGACCGAAGUGCAAAGUCUGACAGGGAGGCGAGCUCACUGCCGCUUGUGCCUCAACUGGCGCUUCCCCAGCAGAACCAGAAGGGAAUAGAGUGCCGCUGCACAGCACAGACUCUGGCCGGUGUAUGGGUGCUGGCAGGGGAGCUAUGUGAGAUGAGGUGCAGGAAUGGCAGUCUGCUGACUUUCAUUGCCUUGGCUGCUUUCCUCUCUCUGUCCUGGUACGCAGCGUUUAACGGGGAUAGAGCAAAUGGAGGAGAACUGUACGAGAAACAAUUUUUUGAUCUCCAGCAGAGGUUGUAUCUGGCAGAGCAAGAGAAUCAGAAGAGAUCUCGGGACCUGAGUACGGUUCUUGAUGAAAUUAAACGAGCUGUAGAAGAAAAGAGGAAUGCUUUUGAGAACCACACAGUUGAAGAGAUACGAUGGAAAGUUUUGAAUAUGUCCAGCAGACUUCCUGUGCAAUUUGCAAACAUCUAUAUGUUCCUGCCUCAUCUAAUAGGACAUGAAGACCAGAUGCGACCGAAUGUACUCUAUGGACAAGAUAGAACUGGUGUUUCCAUUGUGUUUGGCAUUCCCACGGUGAAGCGAGACAAACAGAGCUACCUGAUGGAUACUUUAAAUUCUAUUUUCUCAGAGUUGACUGCAAGUGAAAAAAGUGAUUGUGUUGUGAUUGUUUUUAUAGCAGAGGUUAACCACGACUAUGUCAAUACAUUAGCUAACAAUAUUAAAAAUAAUUUUCCUAAAGAGAUUGAAUCUGGUGUCCUGGAGAUUGUCUCUCCCCCUGUAAACUAUUACCCUGAUUUAUCCAACAUUAGGGAAACCUUUGGUGAUUCCAAAGAAAGAGUAAGGUGGAGAACAAAGCAGAACUUGGACUAUAGUUUCCUCAUGCUAUACGCUCAGCCAAAGGGAACUUAUUAUUUACAGUUAGAAGAUGAUAUCGUCGCAAAACCUAAUUUUUUUCAGUAUCUGAAAAGCUUUGCCACUCAGCAAACUUCUGAGGACUGGAUAAUACUUGAAUUCUCUCAGCUUGGUUUUAUUGGUAAAAUGUUCCGAGCUAAAGAUCUGCCCUUUUUAACAGAGUUCUUCCUAAUGUUCUACAAAGAUAAACCUAUAGACUGGCUCCUUGAUCAUUUUUUGUGGGUCAAAGUAUGCAAUCCUGAAAAAGAUGCUAAACACUGUGAUCGCCAAAAGUCAAACCUACGCAUUCGAUAUCGUCCAUCCCUGUUUCAGCACAUAGGUACUCACUCUUCUCUCUCAGGAAAAAUUCAGAACCUAAAGGAUAAAGAUUUUGAUAAAAAACUGCUUUACAAAGCUCAUGCAAACCCACCAGCAAAAGUGAGCACAAGCCUCAAGAUUUACCAGCAGUACAACCUUGAGAAAGCCUACGUGGGCCAGGAAUGCUUCUGGGCCUUCUCCCCUGUUGCUGGCGAUUUUAUUUUGUUUGAAUUUACAGAACCUUCCGAAGUAAAAGGGUACUUGUUUAAAAGUGGGAACAUAGAACACCCUGGUGAUAAAUUGUUCAACACCACAGUUGAAGUUUUACCUGCAAAGAACAUUAGCAAAGCUGAUUUUCCAAAAAGUGAAGAUGGCUAUUUACAGUUAGGCAAUUUUGUCAGUGGAGUAGCCGAGGGAGUUAUAAGCCCUUCAUUAGGAAAAAUCAAAGCAAUUCGUUUAAAGAUUCUCUCGGAAUCUCCUGUUUGGGCUUUGCUCAGUGAGAUCUUCAUCAAGAUGAACUAAAGGAAGCUAUUACUACUGAAACAAAUUCUUCACACACCGGUGCUGUGCAAAAUAAUUUAUGGACCACACAGAACUCUUCCACCAAGAAAAUAAUGAAGGAAAGGCUACAAAGCUUCUAUUUUUUACGCUUAAAAAACGUUAUUUAUAAAUGACUAAAUGAAGAUAAUUUUUCUUUAAGGAUGAAUUUUUAUACAGUUUUUGUUGGACUUUAUUGAAAUAUUUUUCAAAACAGGCUCACAGGACUUUACAACAUGACCAAAGAUCAGACAAGUCUGAUAGAAUUGUACAAUUUAUGUUUGCUUUUUUUUUGUAACUGAGAAAUACAACUUUCUGGGGAAUUUUA